UCCCGCCCCAGCCCCGGGCCCUGCGGGGGAGGGAGUCAGAGACGGGAGGAGGCUGCCGUGAAGGAGGCAGACAGGAGACGGACCGACCGACGGACCGACCGCACCACCGGCCCCCCGAGGGGGCGGGAUCAGCACUUGACUGUGACCCUCCCCUCUGCUCCUGCCUCCAGGGAGGAUGGGAGGGCCUUGUUUCUGGGACAUCCCAUAUAAGGGGGUUCUGUUUGCAGGCUGUCUCCUGUUGUGCUGGGGUCCCCACACUGUGGUUUGUACUUUUGUGGUGCACGUGAUCCCGGAGGCGCCGUCCGUGGGGCAGAACGUCACUCUGUCCGUGGAAGGUGGCUUGGAGCCCCUGCGUCACUUCGACUGGUACCGGGGGCGGCUGGCUGAUGGCAGCACCCGCAUCUUCAGCUACUUCCCUGGGCAGGGCCGCCCCCAGCGCAAUGGGGUGCAGUUCACGGGCCGCGAGGUUGGCUUUCCCAACGGGUCUCUGCUCCUCCGGGGCGCCCAGGCCAACGACAGCGGCACCUACCGGGUGGCUCUCCAGCUGGUGCCGCAGGGCAGCGAGAAGGGCACUGUGGAGCUGCGGGUGAGCGCUCUCUUCCUUGCAGCCCCAGCGACCACCCUGGGCCCAAGGACGCUGCCCCCCCCGAGCUCAGGCACAGGGCCACCCCCGGCCACAGCGGCCCCCAGCACCCCGCAGGUCCUGGGCUGGGUGGUGUCAGGGGUCGUGGUUGGAAUUUUGCUGACCGGAGCUCUGGGGGCCGUGGUCAUCUACCACCUCGUCCUGCGCAGGUCGGACCUGGCCGGAGGCUCCACAGGAAAACUGGAUCCCAAAGGGAAGAAACCACCAAGAUCUCCCAGGGAUGACACAGAGCCGAUUUAUGAGGUGAUGGAGUCUCCGUUGGAGUUGCCCCAGCCAGAGGGGAGAAACCCCGAAACUGACCCCCGAGCUCCCCCGGCCAUGCCCUUUCCUCCCCAGCCAGACCCCAACUACAUGGAGCUGCUGCAGCGAGCGGAGUCCGUGUAUGCCCAGAUCCAGAGGUGACGCCAGCCGCAGAGUCCACAGGGGGGAACCCCCCUAACAGGGAACCGCCCAGGGAUACCCCCUGCCGUGGGGAAUCCCCCAACGAGGAGCCACACAGGGACACCCCCCUACCAUGGGCAACCCCCCGAGGGUCCCCACAAUAGGGAGCCCCUGCCACGGGGAACCCCCUGGAGAGCCCCCUCCACCAUGGGGAACCCCCCUGCAGGAAGCCCACAAUUGGGAUCCCCGACCCCAAGGACCCCACCAAUGGGGAACCCCCUACCAUUGGAAACACCCACAGAAAAACUGGGGUACUCUCCCAGGGACCCCAACGGGCAGCUCCACCCACGCAGAGCCUGAGCACCCCCCAAUGGGGUGCCCCUCAGCAAACCUGGGAACCCCCCACAGCACCCUUGACCCUCCCAAAGGGACCCCCUCCCAGCAUCCAUGGAAACCCCUAGAGACACCCCCACAUUGUCCCUGGGGAACCCCCCCCAGCAGCAAUAACCCCCCGGGAGAACUCAGCCUCCACGCUAGACCUUGCACUUGGGGAUCCUCCCCAUCAUCAUCUCCAAGGAACCCCCCACCCCCAAACCCAGCCUCCCGGGGCUUGCGCUGGGGUCCCUCCGAGGCUGGAGCCUGGAUCAAACUGCAGGAGGAAGAGCUGGAGGCUGGUGUUCGGAGCAGAUGCGGGGGGCCACCCCGCCCCCCACCAUCCCCACUAUUAAACCUUGUUCCUCUGCAAGAGUCUCCCUUCUUCUCUGCUCUGGC